AUGGCUGCAUCGAAUCUUGAAUCUCUUCGUAAAUAUACCGUAGAUGUCACAACCAAUGAAGCGAUCGAUGAAUUAAAUAAUCAAUUGCGUCGAUUACUUGAUGAUACUCACAUAAAUUUCAUUAAAAGAAAGAAAAUGCUGUUACAACUGGAACGCAAGCACAAUCAACUUCGACGUUUGAUUGCAGCAGGUGAUUUCGUCAAUCAACAACAAGUAACUCACAACACUGAUCUUAUUCGACGUAUCAAAAAGAAAAUCAUUGCAGACGAUCGUCAACAACGACAACGAAGACACGAGGAACAAGAGCAAGCAGCUAAUUUGAAUUGGUCCGCUGGUUAUAUGACAAUUGUCGUCGGCGGAGCGUUUGCUGGAGUUCUAUGCGCCGCAACUUUCAUUAUUAUGAUACUAUACAAUUCAAAAGAGAAAUAUAUUUAA